UAUAAAUGUAAUAAUAAUAAUAAUAAUAAUAAUCUAUAACAAUCUAAUAAUCUAUAACAAUUGACAAUAAAAUUCUGGCAUCCCAGGUCCUUGGGAGGGACUCGAUGUCUGGAUAAAACAAACCAGUCAAUAACACCUGUCUGACUGUGUAAACAAGAGAGAUAAUAAUAAUAAUAAUAAUAAUAAUAAUAAUUCAAGUGGGGUGGGGAGAGUGGGCUUUUCCAAAAUAGUGUCACAGACCACUAGAUGUCAGUGUUCUACCAUGAAAGAUGUCCAUCUUAUACCAUGACCUAUAGAUUAUGUGGAGAGAUCAGGUAUUUCAGAACAGCUUCCCGCAUGCUUUGAGCUGAUAGCAGCAGAGAUCCAGAGGCCUUUCACACCCUUCACUGACUGAAAAUGUAAAUAAAAUCUGUUGCUCUUUUUUCGGGGUGAAGCAGCCAUGGCAGCUGGGGCUCCCAUGAAGGAUUUCCACAAUGAAGCUACUUGUCCCAUCUGGCUGGUAUUUCACAGAUCCAGUGACCAUUCUAGAGUGUGGGCACAAUUUCUGCCAAGCCUGCCUGACCCAGUGCUGGGGGGAGUCAAACACGGAAGCAUCCUGCCCUCAGUGCAGAGAAACUGUUCAGAAAAGGAAUUUCAUCCCAAAUCUGCAACUGAAAGGUUUUGUGGAAAUAACCAAGAAAUUAAGUCUUCAGGGAGGAAACCGGGAGGAAGGAGAGGAGAGAGAUUGUGAGAAACACCAAGAGCCCCUGGAACUCUUCUGUAAAGACCAUGAAAGCCCCAUCUGUGUGGUGUGUGAGAAAUCCAAGGAACAUGAAAAGCACACCGUCAUUCCUUAGGAGGAGGCUUCUGAAGAGUAUAAGAAUCAGAUCAGCAGCCGCCUAAAGUUUCUGAGGAGGAAGAGAAAGAAAAUUCUGACACACCAUGCAGACACAGAAAAGGAAAGCCAGGACCUACUUACACUCUGGUAUCUGGACUUUUGCUGCAGAAAGUCAGGAAUUCACAAUUUUGCCUGUCAACCAACUGCUUUUCUGGAGUCACUGGUAUUUUGACAUGUCCCAUUGAAAGAUUUGCCAGUUCUGUGGAAAUAAUUGGCAGGACCUAUUCCAGAGGCCCUUGCCCCAAGGAGGGAAAAUGGCAGCAGAUAGGGGCAAUGAGUUAGCACUGGAUUCCCCAGUGAAGGUUGUGGAGGGGCUGGACAAAAGCCCUGAACCAGAGAAGGAAGUGGGAAUAAAUCCUUGUGACAGCCAAGCCGGAAGUACUAGGGAAUUCUGGGAAAGAACCGCACCUCAGCAGGUUAAGCAGGAGUCAAAUCAACAGUUGCAGCAGUGCUGGGAAGCCAAAUUCCAGGGGUUUGUGAAAGCUCUGGAGUCCCCUCCGUCAGAUGGGACCAACUCUCAGCUUCUGCAGUUCAGGCCAAGGGACAAAUGUCAGGCUCUUCUGUCCUCCUUUGGAGAUGGAGCUGACCCCAACCAGCAUCCUGACGGAGAGAAGAUGGCUCCGUUCCCACCAGGCUUAUGUAUGGAAUCCCAGCGGACUGAUGCCAACCUGUUGCCACACAACAAAAGAGGCUCCGGAGAAGUCAAAGAAGAGAACGUGGACAGGGAGGCUGUGAGCUCAGAUACCCCACAGCAACACUUCCGGCAGUUCUGCUACCAGGAAGCAGACGGGCCCCGGGUCACCUUCAGAAGACUCUGGGAAUUUUGCCAUCGGUGGCUGAGGCCAGAGACACACACCAAGGAGCAGAUUCUGUCGCUGGUGAUCCUGGAGCAGUUCCUGACUGUCCUGCCUCAGGAAAUGCAGAGCUGGGUAAGGCGGCACAGUCCGGAGACCUGCUCCCAAGCAGUGGCCCUGGCCGAGGAUUUCCUGCUGAAGCAGCAAGAGGAUGAGAAACAGGAGGAGCCGACGUUCAAGGAGAUCGUUGUUAAUUUCCCUGAGGUGGAGAUGGCUGAGACAAGUCUCUGGCAGAGGCCACUCUUUGGAGAGCUCAAACAGGAGAAUGACUGGGAUGCCACCUCAUUGGAAGGUGAUGAGAUGGUAUAUGAGAAUGAGGAAACUCAGCACAAAAAAUCAACAGAACAGGAACCAGACAGGAUGUUGGCAGGAAGACCAGAAAAGGUCAUUUCCCCCAGUCCUGAUCAGGAUGAUGCCCUUGACAGCCAGCAAGGAAGCCAACCAGAAAAAGAAGGAGACCUCUUCAUACGUGCUCAGGGAACCUAUGAGGAACUCCCAGGAAUGGCUGUGCCGCAAGAAAUUUCCAGAGGGUUUGGAGAAAUGAUCCCAGUGGAAUGGGGAGAAAGCUUUAGACAGAGCUCUGAUCUUAUUGUGCAAGAACGGUCCCACCCAGUAGAGAAAAAGUACAAAUGUUUAGACUGUGGGAGGUGCUUUGGUCAGCACUCACACCUAAUCACUCACAAAAAAAUUCACACUGGUGAAAAACCAUACCCAUGCUUGGAAUGUGGGAAAAGUUUCCGACGGCGCGCACACCUUGUAGAGCAUGAGAGAAUCCACACGGGAGAGAAACCCUAUAAGUGCCCUGAAUGUGAGAAAGGCUUCUGCGACAGAUCAAGUUUCAAUACCCAUGCGAGGAUACACACAGGAGAGAAGCCGUACAAAUGCACAGACUGCGGGAAAUGCUACAGUCGCCACGCGAGUUUGGCCGACCAUAAGAGAACCCACACAGGAGAGAAGCCGUAUAAAUGCCUGGAAUGUGAGAAGUGCUUCAGUGGGAGAUCAAAUUUCAAUGCACACAAGAGAAUCCAUGUGGAAGAGAAACCUCAUAAAUGCGCAGACUGCGGAAAAACUUUCACUCGACUCUCGAACCUCACUGACCAUAGGAGGACCCACACGGGGGAGAAGCCGUAUAAGUGCAAAGAGUGUGGCAAGGGCUUUAGUUGUAGCUCGCUCCUUAUCAAGCACAAGCGGAACCACACAGGAGAGAAACCCUAUCUGUGCUCAGAGUGUGGCAAAAGCUUCAGCAUGAGCUUUAUCCUCAUCAGGCAUAAGAGAAUCCACAGCAGGGGGAAAGUCAUAUAAAUAAUGCUGUUGCCAGAGGGGAAGCUAGGAGUUUUCUCUGCAAGCAGAAUGAGGUGGGAAUAGUAGAAUGGAUUAUGGCAUUUCAGUUCAGAGGAGGGCAACCAAGAUGUUGAGGAGCUGGGAAGAAGCCAAGUCCUAUGUAGGAUGGUUGAAGAAGCUGGGUAUGUUGAUGUGCAGUUUACCAAGGAGAUUAGCAUGCUCUAGCAGGCACUUGUUUCUGUGCUGCUCUAAGAGGCAAGGCUUUUCCGGAAAGAAGAUUAUGGUACUUCUGAUGAAGACUAUCUCAUAACUGACCUUUGCCUAGGAAGUCUGUCAAGUUUCUUGUUCAGGACUAUUAUCUCUCACCUAUGAGGAUCUACUUCAAGCAAUUUGGCACUACAAGCAUUACGUCAGCUUCUGUCAAGAACAACAUCUUUUAUUUUGUGGAGCUUUUCAUUAGCCCACAUUGUCUGUAUUUACAGUAUCUCUGUAUUGUUGAUGCCUUUUGUGGUUUGUGGGUCAGAUUAUACUUGGAGUAUUUUUUUCACCCUU